CCCUGACUGACUCCCUUCCAGGGUGUAGUCGGCUUCCAGCACUCCAUGGCGGCGCACACAAAGUACUGAGCUCGCCCCAACAAGUUUCGUCUUCGCCCGCAACCCGCUCCCGACUCCCUCGCAAGUUACUCGCGCCUCCCGCCCGCCCGGUCGGAACGAGUCGGCCGAGUUUGACUCAGUUUGGUCCCGCGCGAGUGGCGUCGCGGUCUCAGCGGAGGAGCGUGAGGAGCGCCGACAUGGCGGCUCCUUCCCCGCGGUUGUACCCCUUGGCGGUGGUCGCCCUGGCGGCCGCAUUGACGCUCGGCGUCGGCGCCGCUAUGGACGAGUGCACGGAUGAUCAAGGGCAAGCGCAACGCUGUAUGCCGGAGUUCGUAAACGCCGCGUUCAACGUGACGGUGGUGGCCACCAACACGUGCGGCAGCCCCCCGGAGGAGUACUGCGUCCAGACGGGGGCCACCGGGGUCACCAAGUCGUGUCACAUCUGCGACGCCCGCGACCCGCGUAACCAACACGGCGCCGCCUACCUCACCGACUACAACAACCAACAGGACACCACCUGGUGGCAGAGCCAGACCAUGCUGGCCGGGGUGCAGUACCCCAACGCCAUCAACCUCACACUGCACCUCGGAAAGGCCUUUGACAUCACGUAUGUGCGCCUGAAGUUCCACACGAGCCGUCCCGAGAGCUUUGUCAUCUACAAGCGCGGCAGUGAGGAUGGCGCAUGGACGCCGUACACUUACUACAGUGGCUCGUGCGAAAAGACGUAUGGCUUGGGCAACCGCGAUUUCAUCCGGACCGGCGAGGACGAGCGGCGAGCGCUCUGCACCGACGACUUCAGUGACAUCUCGCCGCUCACUGGCGGCAAUGUGGCCUUCUCCACGCUGGAGGGCCGACCCAGCGCCUACAACUUUGACCACAGUCCCAUCCUCCAGGACUGGGUGACAGCCACCGACAUCCGCGUGACCUUGAACCGCCUCAACACGUUUGGCGACGAAGUCUUCAACGACCCCAAAGUGCUCAAGUCCUACUACUACGCCAUCUCCGAUUUCGCCGUGGGCGGAAGGUGUAAGUGCAAUGGCCACGCCAGUGAGUGCGUGAAGGACACUCGAGGUCGUCUGGUGUGUAACUGCAAACACAACACGGAAGGAGCGGACUGUCAAUCCUGCAAAGCCUUCUACAACGACCGGCCGUGGAGGCGGGCCACCGCCGAUAAUGCCAACGAGUGUCUACCGUGCGAAUGCAGCGGGAAGAGUUCCGAGUGCUACUUUGACGCCGAGCUGUACCGGGCCACGGGUCACGGAGGUCACUGCAAGAACUGCGCCGACAACACGGACGGGCCCAGGUGCGAGCGUUGCCUGGACCACCAUUACAGACGCGAUGACGCCCACCACCGCUGCCUGCCCUGCGCCUGUAACUCUGUUGGUUCGGAGUCUCCCCAGUGUGACAACCGAGGCGUGUGUGCGUGCAAACCAGGAGUGACGGGAGAGAAGUGUGACCGCUGUCAGCCUGGAUUUCACAGUCUCACUGAGGCUGGAUGCAGGCCGUGUUCUUGCUCGCCAUCAGGAAGCACUCAGGAAUGUGACGUCAACACGGGACAAUGUCGCUGCAAGGAAAACGUGGAAGGGUUCACCUGUGACCGGUGUAAGCCAGGCUUCUUCAACAUGGACGCCAGCAGCGCCGAAGGCUGCUCUCCGUGUUUUUGCUUCCUUCACUCGUCCGUGUGUGAGAGCGCGCCCGGCUUCAGCAUCCACAUGCUGAGCUCCAACUUCGAGCGAGAUGAAGAUCAGUGGACGGGCCAGCAGCGCGAUGCGUCCAGCGUGCCGGUGCAAUGGUCGCCCAGCAGUCAGGACAUUUCCUUGGUCUCCCAGGACUACUUCCCCAUGUACUUCGUGGCUCCAGACAAGUUCUUGGGCGACCAGCUGCUGAGCUUUGGUCAAAACCUGAGUCUGAGUUUCCGGGUGGACCGCCGCGACAGCCGCCUGUCCGCCGAAGACCUGGUCCUGGAAGGCGCCGGACUUCGGGCGGCUGUGCCUCUCAUCGCCCAGGGCAACGCCUACCCCGCCGAUGAAAAGCAACGCUACGUCUUCAGACUCCACAACAGCGCCGACUACCCUUGGAGGCCAGCCAUUAGCCAUUCAGACUUCCAGAAGCUCCUCCAUAACCUGACGGCCAUCAAGAUCCGCGGCACUUACAGCGAGAAGAGUGCUGGUUACCUGGACGACGUGUCACUGGUGACGGCCCGGCACGGUCCGGGGACGCCAGCCCGCUGGGUGGAGCAGUGCACGUGCCCUCUAGGCUACGAGGGCCGGCGCUGCGAGCGCUGUGCGCCGGGCUACCGCCGUGCCCACCCACUACUCGGGGCCUUCAGCGCCUGCGAAGCCUGCAACUGCAAUGGCCACAGCGAUGCCUGCGACCCGAGCACAGGCGCAUGCAACUGUCAACACAACACGGGGGGCCUGAGCUGCGAGCGCUGCCGGGACGGUUUCUAUGGCGACGCUACCAGGGGGACAUCCUCGGACUGCCAGCCGUGCCCAUGUCCCGCAGGCGCUACCUGCGCCUCGGUACCCAAGAGCGGACAAGUGGUCUGCACCAACUGUCCCGCUGGCACCACAGGCAAGCGGUGUGAGCUAUGCGAUGACGGUUUCUUCGGGGACCCGCUGGGUGAGGGCGGUCCGGUGCGCGCAUGCCGCGCAUGCAAGUGCAGCGACAACAUCGACCCCAACGCCGUCGGCAAUUGCGACCGCGAGACGGGCGAGUGCCUGAAGUGCAUCUACAACACGGCUGGCUUCUUCUGCGACCGAUGCAAGGACGGUUUCUACGGCAACCCCCUUGCCGCCAACCCCGCUGACAAGUGCAAGGCGUGCGCAUGUUCCCCGUUGGGCACGGUGGGCGCCCAGAAGAGCUGCUCGGCAGUGACGGGCCAAUGCCCGUGCUUGCCCAACGUCAUCGAGCGAGACUGCAGCGCCUGCCAGCCGGGAUUCUUCAACCUGCGCAGCCGAAACGGAUGUGAGCGGUGCAACUGCGACGCCAUCGGCUCGGCCAACGGCCAGUGCGACAUUGUCAGCGGGCAGUGCGAGUGCCAACCGGGUGUCACGGGCCCCCGAUGCGAGCAGUGCGAGGUCAACUUCUUUGGCUUCAGUUCGUCCGGAUGCAAACCCUGCGACUGCGACCCCGAGGGAGCACAGUCGGGACAGUGCCGGGAGGACGGCCGCUGCCACUGCCGACCCGGCUUUGUGGGUGCCCGCUGCGACAUGUGUGAGGAGAACUACUUCUACAACCGCUCGGCGCCUGGAUGCCAGCAGUGUCCUUCCUGCUACAGUCUCGUACGGGACAAGGUGAACCAGCAGCGCCAGAAAAUCCACGAGCUCCAGACCCUCAUCGACAACCUGGCAUCCGGUCAGGAGACGGUCAGCGACAAGGCUUUCGAAGACCGCCUGAAGGAGGCCGAGCGUGCAGUCCUCGACCUCCUGGACGAGGCGCGCGCUAGCAAGGACGUGGACCGAGCUCUGCUGGAGCGUCUGAACACCAUCAACGGCUCGCUGACGACGCAGUGGAACCGUCUGCAGAAUGUGCGCGGUACGGUGGAGCAGACGGGCGCGCAGGCGGACCGUGCGCGCAACCGAGUGCGCCAGGCCGAGAACCUCAUCGACCGCGCCCGACAGGAGCUGGACAAAGCCAAGGACGCCAUCGCCAAAGUGGACAUCAAAUCUCCAAGUGGCGAUGGCGAUCCCAACAAUAUGACGCUGCUGGCCGAAGAAGCGCGCAAACUGGCCAACAAGCACAAGAUGGACGCCGACCAGAUUGAGAAGAUUGCCAAGGAUGCCAAUGACACAUCCACCAAAGCUUACAAUCUGCUCCUCAAGACGCUGGACGGAGAAGGAAAGACCGCUCAACAGAUAGACGAGCUCAACAGGAAAUACAAGGAGGCGCUGGAGCUGGCCAAGAGUUUGGAGAAGCAAGCCAACAAAGUCCAAGCAGAGGCGGAAGAGGCCGGAAACCACGCCAUCAAGAUUUUCGCCAACCUCACCGGCCUGCCGCCCUUCCACACGCACGCCCUGGAGGAGGAGGCCAACAAGAUCAAAAAAGAGGCAUCCGACUUGGACGGCCUGAUAGACAAGGCGGUGAAGGAGUACAAUGACCUAAGGGAGGACCUGGCGCCUAAAGAGCGGGAAGUCCAAAAGCUUCUUGAGAAAGGUCGCAGUGAGCAGCAGACGGCUGACCAGCUCCUGGCCCGCGCCGACGCCGCCAAGGCGACGGCGGAGGAAGCGGCCAAGAAGGCCCAGUCCACCUUCCGCGAGGCUGAGAACAUCCUCGAUGACCUGCGAGACUUUGACCGUCGCGUCAACGACAAUAAGACGGCAGCAGAGGAGGCACUGAAGAGGAUCCCAGCCAUCAACGCCACCGUGGCUGCUGCCAAUGCCAAGACGCGGCAGGCCGAGGCAGCGUUGGGAAAUGCGGACGCCGAUGCCAGACAGGCCAAGACCAAGGCGGAGGAGGCCGAGCGCAUCGCCACCAACGUGCAGAAGGGCUCGGCCAAGACUAAGGAGGAUGCCGAGAAGGCCUUGCAGGAUGCUGACAAACUGGACAGCGAAGUCAACUCCCUGAUGGAUGAGCUGAGCAAUGCCGAGGAGCAGCUGAGCAGGAAGAAGGCUGAGGCGGACCAGGACAUGAUGAUGGCCGCCAUGGCGUCGACCAAUGCCAAGGAAGCAGAAGACAACGCCCGCAAGGCCAAAAGCGCCGUCAAGACAGUCCUCAGCACCAUCGCCGCCCUGCUGGAGCAACUAGGCAACAUCGACAAAGUGGACGUGAGCAAACUGACCCAAAUCGAAGAGUCGCUGCGCCGUGCCAAGGACAAGAUGGCCGACAGCGAGCUGGACAGGAAGUUGACUGAGCUCAACGACGUGGCGCGCACGCAGGAGGCCAUGAUCGGCGACUACGACCGGCAGAUCCGAGAGAUCCGCGCCGACAUCGCCAACCUCAACGACAUCAAGAACACGCUGCCUGACGGAUGCUUCAACACGCCGUCCCUGGAGAAGCCCUAAAUGCUCAACUUCGCAAAAUGCCUCAAAACAUCACAAACGCGUUACCAAAACUCCACCUUGAUUGUUUUUGUCUUUUUUUUGAACUGUGCAUAAGCGCAAAGCACCAGAGACCACCAGCACGAACCCCACGAGACUGCACGUCCGCCGCCGCAACAGGAAGUCCCUCCCGCUGCCAGUUUCCUGGGUGCGCGCGCCGCCGUUACCUGUCGUGCCCCGCCCCACAUUGGAAGGGCUCACCAGCAGUGACGAUCCGCCUCCCUACAUUUUAUUGUCGUUCGUGACAUCAUCAUCAUUGGCGCAAGAAGGGUUAUCACAGCACAUCCUGAGGGUCCCGCAGGGGUCCGUCUGAAGCCACUUGAGUAUUUAUUCAAAAAGCGCCCAGCAAAUACAUCUUCAAGCGACUUGCCCUAAAGACACUUGAGCAUUUAUUGGAUGUCCUUGAUAUCCAAUUCAAUGGCCGUGUUUUAUUUCAGGACUAAGGCCUGACUAAUUUGGAUUUUCUGAGGCCCAUUGAAGUCACGAUUCAGGCCACUGGUAGGAUUUCCAAUAAAUGCUUUCCAAUAAAUCAAUUAGUCGAUAUCCCACUAGUGCGCCAAACGAAGAAUGAAAACUAGUGUGUUGUGAAUCAAUGCUCAAACAGCUUUAGAGCAAAUUAGCACAACAACAUUUUACGCAUGCCAUUGAACUGCACUAGUUGGCAUCCAUUUGCUACUUGUACAGGGUAGGCAAUUCCAGUCCUAGAGAGCCGCAGUCCAUCCUGUUUUAUAACUUUCCCUGUUCCAGCAAGUUCUGUAAAAGCCUGAUAAUGAUCCUGAUCAUUUGAAUUUGGUAUGUUGGAAAUGGGAAACUUCUCACACAAGCAGGACUGCAGUGCGGCUCUCCAGGACCGGAGUUGCCUACCCCCGUAUUCGUGCAAAUCGUAAAGGGCUUAAUGUUAAUAAUUUAUUAUGUCAUUCGGAGUAUUAUUAACAUGCAAUUGUCAACUAAUGCACAAAAUCUGCCUCACUAGUAACAUACUAGGAAGCAAAAGUGUCAAAUAAAUGCUCAAGCAAUUUGCCUGACUAUUUAGUUGAUAUCUUUCAUAACUAUCCCCAGGAGCAAGUUGUACUCGUACACUCUUUGUCCUCACUAUUAAAACAAUUCAAGAGACUAGUACAACUCGGGUGCACGAGUAGAACAACUGAAAUGUGACUCGUGAGGCAAAACUGUCCUAGUUGACACCUGCGUGCUAAUAGUACAACUAGUGAAGAAGCGCAAACGGUCGCAAAUAUGCCACCAAUUUUAAGAGUCUCAAACGCUUUUUCUUACGUUAAAAAUUUGAUAGCGACAAGAAAAACUCUUUGCAACCAUUAACUGUUUGGGAAGGUCUGGCAAAUGUCUUUGCAACUAUUUGCAACAUUGAACAAACCCUGGCAAAAAAUAAAUUUCAUGAGAUAUGGGCCACAGCGCGCACUACAACCUCAAGCUGGAUUUUGAAAAAAAUCGGGGCUACUUUUAAUCAUUAUUGAUCAGUGCGUCAAUAUUUUUUUUUUUUGAUAAAUCACUAAGGAAUCAGGACAUUAUUUCAAAAGGACUGCAGUGCAAAAAAAUGAGUUGAAUCACUUGAGUACUCAUGGCUUCAUAUAGUUACACAACAGGCCAAAGAGACCUUAACUCUGCUGUGGGUUUGCCGUAGUUCAUUCCACAAUAUUUCCCCAAUUUGGAGUCCCCGACCACCAAAUUAAACAAAUGUUUUGCGAUUCCCUUUUGAGAAAAUUUGACAUGAAACAAUGAUUCAUCGAUUUUCCACAGGCGCUGAUUCAUUUGACAAUCAUGAGUUGUUGAGUUGCGAAAGAUAGCUUUCCAUAAUGUGACAUCAUGUGACUGCACACAGGAAGUCGCUCCCAGUGGCAGUUUUGUGCGCACGAGCCGCCAUUACCCAUCAUAGCCCGCCGCGCAACCUUUCUCCUUCUCUUGCGUGACGUCGUUGCUACAUGCUAAGCUUAACGCGUUUGCUGUCAGGCGUGCCAAGCACGCCAGCGACCAAUCAGGGUGCGGCCGCAUCGGUCGUGCCCCCGCUCAUCCCGGUCCCGCCUCUCCAGUCACGUGGUGACGUCACUUGGACUCUAUGCAACUUUUGUACAUUUGCUCUGAUACACUGGUGCUAAAAAUAUGUAAUGUGCGUAUGUGUGAGUGUUUUUUUUUUUGAUUUUCACGUUUUUGUGUCAAUAGCGACGUGCAUAUGCACGCGUGCUCAUCAACGUCGCCAAUUUCUUAAUGUUCUUUAUUUCUCAUGUCACGCGACUGAAGUGAAGACAUAGUUAACCUGUGAUUUGUAACGACUUUGUGCCUUAAUAUGAAUUUUGUGUGUGUGUAAUCCAAACAAGAACACUAUGACCUUUGACCUCCAUCCAUCCAUCCACUUAUAGUCAUGUAAGCACACGUGUGUAAUAAUAAACAGUAUUGUUAAGUUA